AUGUCUCCCUCUGCCGCCAGCUUAGACAUCCAAGAGGACCUUAAGCAUGGUAACUCUAAUAGUGCCAUAAAAUUCGGCACUGCCAAGGGACCAAGACCUCAGCCCCUCACCUUUGAUGACCCACACAAGGAGCGUCAGUAUUUGAAGGAGAGACUUGCCUUGGCAUUCCGACUCUUUGCCAAGAAUGGGUUUGACGAAGGUGUGGCUGGCCAUAUCACAGUCAGAGACCCUCUAGAACCAUCAACCUUCUGGGUCAAUCCGUUCGGUGUUGCCUGGCCUCUUUUGAGAGCAUCCGACUUGAUCCGUGUAGACUCGAAUGGGGAGAUUGUCGAUGGCGGCGCAGUACGUCUUCUCAAUGUCGCAGCAUACAUGAUUCACUCGGCGGUUCAUGAUGCGAGGCCGGAUAUCAACGCCGUAGCCCACUCGCAUAGCAAGUAUGGACGGGCGUUCAGCACGCUCGGUAGGAACCUGGACAUCACCACGCAAGACGCCUGUGCUUUUUGGAAUGACAUAGCGCACUACGAUAGUUUCGGCGGCAUCGUGCUCGGACCCGAAGAGGGGCACAGAAUCGCCAAAGCACUGGGUCAGAGGAAGGCUGCUAUCCUCGCAAACCACGGCCUUCUUACCUGCGGGGAAACCAUCGAGAGCUGUGUCCGCUGGUUUAUUAGUUUGGAAAAUUGCUGUGAAACGCAACUCUUGGCAGAUGCAGCAGCGGCUGGCAGAGGUGGGGAAACUGUCAAGAUCAGUGAAGAAGAAGCCGAGUUCACGUACAAAACUGUCGGCCUUGAGAUAGGAGGUUGGUUUGCUGCCAAGCCGGCGUUUGAUCUGAUGGAGCAUCAGGCUGGGGUUGAAUAUAAGAUGUAA